GCAAUGCCUGCUCAGUCGCUCCCUCCCUUCCUCAUCAUCUCCUUAGGUGUCGCAGGCAUCGGAUUCUGCCAAGCAGGUGUCAACUGGUUGUUCAAGGCUAACAAGGUUCUCCCUCUUCUGCCAUUCUUCCAUGUUUCUAUUUUCUAUGUGCUAUCAAUCGAGAUUUUCAACUGACGUCUAUUGAUGUGCCUUUGGUAUGAUGCCGCUACUGUUUUGUUCUUGUUUAUGAUGUGAUCCUUUAAGAACUUAUCUUUGUUAAUUGGCCAUUUCAUGUCUAACUUGAUUGGUUUGAUAGCCCAACGAAGGGCCCAUCCCUUUCCGUGUUUAUCACGGUAUGGAUAUGUGGGAUCAUCACAUGGAAAAUCGUGACACGCGCCUGCUAAAACAACACUUGACACCAAAAGAAACUAAGGCAGCAUGGUGGGAUAUGCAGAAGACUACUUAAUUCUCGAUGCGAAGAGAAUCUGUUGUUGAUUAGGAUGUUAACUUGUCGGUCUAAUGCAAAGUUUCGAAUGAAGACCACUCUCUUUUCA